CCUGGCUCGGCUCCUGGUGUUGCUCUUGUCAGUCGGUACGCUCUAUUGUUUCACUCAACGAUCCUGUUGAGAUCCCCCUUGAUCUCGGAUGUUGGGCCCCUUCCUGGCGCUAUGUGCCCUGAUCGACAUCGCGUUCGCCCAGCUCACACCGAGCGUCGUCUAUCAGCCACCCGACCCUUCCGAAGGCGCACAGGUAACCAACGGCACUCGUCCCAAUCAACAGUACUCGGACUUGCUGGGAAACGCCUUGUGGUUCUACGAAGCUCAACGGUCGGGAAAGUUGCCAGACAGUAACAGGGUUCCGUGGAGGAACGAUUCAGUGCUGAACGAUGGGUCUGAUUGGGGAAUCGAUCUAUCGAGGGGUUACUUCGAUGCGGGCGACUAUUCCAUCAACUCGUUCAACCUGGCAGGGACACUAUUCGAGAUAUGCUGGGGUGCGACGAUGUAUGGAGCAGGGUAUGAUGCUGCCAAUCAGACGGCCUAUCUGGACCAGAUGCUGCGAUGGGGUCUUGAUUGGGCGAUGAGGGCUCAUCCGCAACCGAACACAAUCUAUGCUCAAGUGGGAAACCUCAGCGACUCUGGAACGUACUGGGGUGGAGACCAAAAUAUACCCGAGCCUCGACCUGCGUUUCCGAUCAACGAGACACACCCGGGAACAGAUCUCGCCAGCGCAUUUUCGUCGAUGUUCUCGAUGUGUUCCCUGCUCUAUUCUCCUGGAGUCACGUUGAACACUACGACUACCGCUGGAUCGCCCACCGGAAUGGGUGAUGCCGAACUCGCCGCUCAGCUUCGACAGCAUGCCGUCGAUUCGUACAGCUUUGCUAUGAACACGACGAUGGUUCUGUACCCCCUCAGUAUCCCUGAGGCAGGAGCGGGUUACAACAGCUCGUCGUUCGCGGACGAUCUCACCUUGGCUGCCAUCUCCUUGGCGCUCUUGACGAACAACUCGGCAUACUACGUCGAAGCGUUAGACCACUACAACACAUACGCGUUGAGCACCAUCUCCGGGGCGAUGAAUUGGGAUGGAAGGAACCCUGCCGUCUUUAUGAGCUUAGUCGAAGCCGCUCUUGCUCGGCCUGCUCUGGCUCAGGGAGCCGGUCUGGCUACGAACUUGACCGGGUGGCAAACCCAAAUGGAAGCUUAUCUUGACGGGAUCCUGGAGGGGAAAAAGUCGAGGCCGUACUUUACCAAUGGCCGAUUAUUGUGGUACGAGGGCGACUCGAACUCUGCAAGUCUAAACGUGGCAUUGAAUGCGGCAAUCCUAUUUGAUCGCUACGCGCCCUACUCGAACGUCUCUUGGAAGCCGCAGCAGUAUCACGACUUUGCUUUGACUCAACUAGACUAUGCGCUCGGAAAGAAUCCCUUGAACGCCGUCUAUGUCGUGGGUACCCACAACAAUUCGAUACACAACCCGCACAGUGCUCCGGCGAGCGGGGGGAACAGCCUUCAAACGCUCGAUACGUACCCUGUGACUAUGGCGCAUACACUGUACGGCGCAUGUGUCGGAGGUCCAGAUGCAGAGGAUCGCUAUUGGGACUUGAGGGGGAACUAUGAGCAGAGUGAGGUCGCCAUCGACUAUACGGCACCCAUCCUCACCCUUGCUGCAUACCACGUAAUGACAAGCGAUCGGGACCCCUUCUACACAUCCUUGGCAUCUGGAAGCUACACGCCGACUCCUGGGCAUCCUUGUAACGAGGAUUACCCUUGUGGCGGAGACGGCGGCGGAGGGGGCCUCAGCAAAGGUGCCAAGAUUGCGAUCGGGGUCGUGGUCCCCGUAGUCGUCCUGGCCGGGAUCUUCACCGGAGUAUGGCUUUGGAAGCGCAGAAAGAGUCGAAGGUAUUGAGAGGGGAGUUAUAAUGAUGCUAUGUUGUAUCACGUUACCAAAAGGGAGAUAUCUUCGAAGCGACGAUGCGAGAGCCGUUUUCCCGAACAUCCCACUGCUCAUUCUCUCUGUAAGGUAUCUUGUAAGAUGAUAUUUUCCACAUAUGCGAGUGUCGACCACGAUGGAUGUUUGUUGUUA